AUGACAGCCACGGAUUAUCGCGCCAUUAAGUCCGCGCGGAACGACGUAAUGGAGGAGAAUGGAGGUAAGAGAAUGAGGGGCAGAACUCGUGGCCGCGGUCGUGGACGUGCCCGGGGUCGGGCUAGAGGAAAAUCCAAGAAACAAGUUAAGGUUAUUGAAAGCGACGAUGAAGACACUCCUCAGCAAACAGAUGAUACCCCUGCAGAGACGGCUGGUAGCGAGCAAGAGGAACACGAACCUCCUGCGACUCAGCAACCUUCUCUCGAGCAGCAGUUCGAUCUGGAAGCCGACAUAUCGCAAUUGGAAGCGCCAACUUUCACGACCAUCAACCGGGGUCCACCAGAACCAAUGCUGCGUUUGAGAUGGGACCAUCGAGUGAAUCUUAUAGGAGAGAAAGUACUGAAUCCUAUGAUACACUGCUGUGACAAGUGUCUGAAGCCAAUUCUCAUAUAUGGCCGUAUGAUACCUUGUAAACAUGUAUUCUGUUUAUCAUGUGCUAAAAGGGAAGACAAAGUCUGUCCUCGUUGCAUGGAGAAAGUGUCCAGAGUGGAACAAACUGGUCUAGGCACUGUAUUCAUGUGUACACACGGUGGGACAAGAUAUGGUAAUGCAGGAUGUAGGAGAACAUAUCUCAGCCAACGAGAUCUGCAAGCUCACAUUAAUCAUCGGCAUAUAUCGGCGCCAUCCCAACCAGUCCAAGGGAUACAGGUCGAUCCUCCGCAAUACGUGCAUUCAAAGUCGGAGAUAGAGUCGCAAUUGACGAAGGUAUCCUCUGUGUCGAUGCAAAAUACGCGACUCAAGUCCGUGCAAUCUCACAUGGUUCAACCGAUCAUGGGUAAUGAUCCUCGCGUCAACUCGUUGGUGAGCCAGCAACCAACAUUGGAGCAGCAUCGGCAACAACACAGACAGCAACAGCAACAGCAGCAGGCAAUGAUGUCGAUGCAAAGCUACGCGCAGAACACCGCGCCGCCUCCGCCACCCCCAAAUAACGCCCCGAUGCGAACUAAUCUAAUCACCGUGCCGAUUCAAGACACGGCAUCUUUAGCCACGCAUGAUCUUCACGGACAACAAAGUCAUCAUUAUUAUCCGCCACCGCCACCGCCGCCGCCACCACCGCCGCAAGUGAAUUAUGGUUAUAAUGUGCCGCCGCCGGUGUCGCAGACGACGCAACAAUACUAUCCGCAGCCGCAGCAUCCGACUCAGGUGUCUUAUGUGCCACCACCGCCACCGCCGCAGCAGCAACAAUAUGUGUCAUCGGCAGCGACCUCCAUUAGACCAUCGCCUACUGGUUACAUACAGGAACCCCAAUACGGUCCGCCCCCGUCUCAGCAACAACCGCCACCUCCACCACAGCCACAGUGGUCGCAACAUCAACAGCAGUUUUAUAGAUAAAGGAAAAAAAGGCUUCCAUAUGGAAUGUUGUGCAGUGUUGAAAUGAUGGUGACGUAUACUCACCUGCGUCGUUCGCUAUCAUGUGGAUCAAUACCAGGAAGAUUAAUAAUCAAGCCAGGCGGCGUGUUGGACAUGUCAAAUCUUCUAACUACUUUUCGGCAAAGUCCAAUACGUACAAAAAAUCCAUGUAUAGU